AUGGAGUCCAAUAUUUCAGGGUCUUUCCUCUUCAACAACAGCUUGAACCAGUUCCCCUCAGACAUCAAGGCCCCGGUGUGCCAGUACUCCAUUCCCAACUCCUUCUACAAGCUCAGUCCUGCCAAUAUCAACACUCAGCUCCAGGCUGGCACUCCGCAUGGCAUCAGUGACAUCCUGAGUCGAUCCAUGGUGGGCGGCCCGGGAACCCCCGCGCUAUUGUCCGGGUACCCCUCCAUGGGUGGCUUUGGGACAGCUAUGCCUAGUCCAGGGGUGUAUUAUAAUCGGGAAUACGCCCCAUCGGGACUGACCGCUUUCCCUAAACCCGGCGUUGAAUGUUCAGGUAUGAAGGGCAAAGGCAGCAGCUGCUGGGUGGACGGAGGGUACGAGUGGAGAGGAGCGAGACAGCAGUGUGCCAACAAUGGUGGGCAUCACACUGAGACUGCGGGGAAAAAGAAGCACACAAGACCCACUUUCAGCGGGCACCAGAUCUUCGCUCUGGAGAAAACCUUCGAGCAGACCAAGUACCUGGCAGGACCAGAGAGAGCCAGACUGGCAUACUCACUAGGCAUGACCGAGUCACAAGUUAAAGUGUGGUUCCAGAACCGGCGCACUAAAUGGCGGAAGAAGAGCGCGACGGAGCCCAGCUCCACACAGGCCUCGCGGGGGGAGAGCGGAGGAGACGGGUCAGAGAACGAGGUGGAGGACGAGGAGUACAACAAACCGCUGGACCCCGACACGGACGAUGAGAAGAUUCGACAGCUGCUGCGAAAACACCGCAGAGCUUUCUCAGUGCUGCGCCUGGGACCGCAUCAUCUCUGAGGGCGAACGUGCACGUUCAAUAGGCUAUAGUAGGCCUACCUUGUGCCAACAAAACACGCAUAUUCAUAUCAUAUACAGUUAUAUAAAAAUAAGGUGUCUCAAAUUAUACAAAAACACAGUAAUAUAUAACCGUUCUCGGUAACACUUUCUAUGAACAUUUACACGUUUUUGUUUUUUUGCCAAAGAUAGGCUACAGAAACAGCCUAUUAGGCUUUUUUUCAGCGCCUACAAAUGUCAACAGUAAAACAAUUAUGAUAUACAAAACAAUUAAAAGAUUGCAAAUUGUUUUGGGCAGUGUGUAUUGUAAUUAGUACAUUGUAUAGGCUAAAUGUAUUACAAAUUAUCCCUUCAAAAAAGAAAACGCACAUUUGUGAACUAGAAUUUUGAACCAAAGGAUUAUAGUUACUGGGAUAUCUUGUGCGACAACUAGGCCUAUUUAAUACUCUAAGAAAUUAUUUUAAUAUUGAACUAUUCAUGGUUAUUUAUUUGAUUAUGCAUUGUAACAUUUAAUACAUAAAAUUUUUAUUGAUUAUUGUGUUAUAAUACAAUGUAUUAUCUAAAUAUAUAGCCAGGAAUAAACCGUAAUAAUUUAUUUAAGGCUACUUUAACGAGAACACAACUGACAGUAGGUUUUAUCACAAGGCAGGUGUUAGGUAUCAAUUUUAAGGCAUUAAGAAUAUAGUUAUGUUGCAUUAUUAAAAGUUUCAAAGAAAGUAUUGCCCAGUUGUCUUUGAAUUCUGUACUGAAUAUUGCUCAAACUUAUUCAGAGGUAAAAUGCAUUAUAAAUGCUCAUCAAACUGCAGGGAUAACAGGCAGAUAUGGUGAAAUGCAAUCAGAUACAUAAAUCAAUACUGAAUGAACUGUAUUCUCACUCUCAUUAUGUCAUUACAUGUCAUUGUAGAUAUACAUCCUUCCUUUUUUCCAAAAGUUACAAGCAUUUCAUGUUGUGUCAGUGAAGUUUAACUAACCUGCAACUCUCUCAGUCCAUAAAUCAGGUCAAGUUCAUACGGAGGUGUUUAGUAAUAAGACACAGCAUGUUUUCCAUAAUGCCAUACAAGCACUGUACAGAGAUACUAUUAUUUAGUGAUUUUUAAAAACGCUUGAAGACAGGGUAGAUUAAUAUUCCCUCAAAAAUAAAUAAAUAAAUAACAGUCAAAUGUUAACAUCUAAAAUGCAUAUAAUCUAAUGUAUAUGAUCUGUAAAUUAAUUAUGAAGAAAAUGCACAAUAAAUUGCUGUUUUGAAUGUUGA